AUGUCGCCAAAGGACAUCGAUCAAAUGACACUGGCCGCGGUGGCUACGGCGUGUCAUGUGUCGCCCAACGACAUUGACAAUGUCUACGAGUGCACGCCGCUCCAGACAGCGGCCAUGGCCGAGUCGACGAUUCACCGUGGCGCCAGUGUCUUCCAGUUCAUCCUCAAACUCUCCUCGUCGGUCGACAAUGAUCGGUUGUGCGAGGCUUUGGGGCAGGUUGUCUCCCUGAACCCCAUACUACGCACGAGGCUCGUCGAUGGCCCUUCGGGACUGCUUCAAGUAGUCAUGAACCAGGAACACGUCACAUUACGCUUCCAGGAGGCAGAACAAGACAAUGUGAACCUAGAGCGGUAUCUAGCCAAGAACAAAGCACAGUCACUGGGCUUAGCAAUGCCGCUUUUCCGAUCUGCCAUUGUCGGAUCCCAUCUGGUCCUGACGAUGCAUCAUGCCAUCAUGGACCACGCUUCCCUUACCCCUUUAUUUCUGGACACGUUCGACGUCUACCAUGGACAUCAGCCUGUGCAGCGUGCAGACUUCACGGAGUUUGUCGAUCACUGCUUGCACAUUGAUGACACAGAGGCAAGGAAAUUCUGGAAAUCCCAAUUCCAGGGCGUCCCCACCGUCUUCCCUCCCGUGGACCGCGGACACAUGCCACUGGGAACUCUCAAGAUGGCUCGCGAGGUUGCUCUGGAUGAUUCCAAGGUGCCAGCAGCGCACAUCCCAUCGUUUCUUGAGACUGCCUGGGCCAUGACAGCUGCCGUCUACACGAGCAGCGAAAACAUAGCCUUCGGGCUCGUUCUCUCAGGUCGCCAAGCGACUGCGUGUCCUGCUGCCGCCACGACCCUGGGUCCUACCAUUGCUAUUGUGCCCGUGCAGAUCAGCCUCAGUCGCGGCAUGACGGUGAGUAGCAUGCUCAAGACAAGGGCUGCAGCGCGCCGGCAGUUGCAGAACAGUCCCUCCCUCCAAUAUGGGUUGACCCAGAUCAAGAUGGCCAGCGAUGCCGCGAGUGCUGCCGCGAGGUUUCAAACAUUACUCAACGUACGUCCUCGCUGGCACGACGCUUCUGAUGGUGACGGCAGCGCAGAGCCCUUGGUGACCUAUCGGGAUAUGGAGGAGCCGACGGGCGCCUUUGCUCUCACCUUAAACUGCGACCUAGGCCAAGGCGGCGUUUUACGUGUCAACGCGGUUGCGGAUCCCACCGUCAUACCUCAGCAGCAGCUGGCGAGGAUAUUAUCGCAGUUCGAGCACUACCUAAGGGCAAUCACACAGGCCAGCCAUGAAACAAAGCUGGAACACAUCCCACCUCUCAGCGCAGCUGACCUCGAUGAGAUCAAGAGCUGGAAUAGGAGUAGCCCUUGGACAGAAGUUGAAGUCUGUCUUCACGAUCUCUUCCGCUCUCAGGUCAAGAGAACACCAACUUUGACGGCGGUGGACGCCUGGGAUGGACGUGCUACGUUCCGGGAGCUGGACGACAUAUCCGACACCCUAUCCCAUGAAUUGCAGAAAAGAAACGUCUCGGGCGAACUUGUUGGAUUCUGCUUCGCAAAGUCCAUCUGGGCUGUCGUCGCCAUGCUUGCCAUCCUGAAGGCCGGGGGUGCCUGCGUGCCCCUUUCAACCUCCGAUCCUACGGCCCGUAAAAAGGACAUUAUCACGCGGGCUUCGAUCAAGCAUCUUCUAGUGUCUGACUCUGAAACCGAGAAUUGCGCCCAUCUUCCUGUGGACGUGAUGGAGGUGGGCGCAUCGUCAGUCUCAACACUGUCCACCGGCUCUCAAGACGAAGGCGAUGCUACUGCACCUAGAUCCGCAGAAUCCCUCGCAUUCGUCAUUCUCACCAGCGGCAGCACAGGUGUGCCCAAGGGCGUCAUGCUGUCCCACCGCAACCUCAGCUCUUCAGUCAGUAGCCUAGUCCAACGGUUCGGCUGGCGGGCUGGCGACCGCAUGCUUCAGUUCGCCUCGUACGUCUGGGACAUGCAUCUAGCAGAGACCUUUGGUGCGCUGCUAUCAGGAGGCAUCCUUUGCAUACCCUCUGAAGAGGAUCGGCGGUCCAGGCUGGCACACUACAUCACGUCGAGCAGGGUAGACUGUGCAUGGCUCACACCAACCGUGAUCCGCACACUUGCGCCGGAUGAGGUACCUACACUCAAGACGCUGAUAUCAGCCGGCGAACCCGUGGCCUCUGAUGCAUUCACUACGUGGGGGAAACGUCUCGAUCUGUUCAACGGCUGGGGCCCCUGCGAGACGUCCAUCGUCAGCGCAGUAGCGGCACUUCGGCCAGAUGCCCCUUAUCCAGAGACCAUUGGCCUCCCAGCAAACUGUGCCAUUUGGCUCACUAAUCCAAAGAACCCCAAGCAGCUUGUACCAAUUGGUGCUGUUGGCGAGAUCCUGAUUGAAGGGCCUGGCGUGGCACAAGGUUACCUCAAGGAUGACGCGAAGACAAAAGCCGCCUUUAUCGAACGGCCCGCUUGGCUCCCAUCUCCGGACACCAAUAGACCAAGAGACCGUCUUCUGUACAGAACGGGGGACAUGGCUCGAUACAACCCAGACGGCAGCAUCUGCUUCGUUGGCAGGCAAGAUGAUCAGGUAAAGAUUCGCGGCCAGCGUCUGGAUUUGGGAGAAGUCGAGAGCGCCCUCGGCAGCUGCGCCAUGGUGCGGACUGCGCUCGCCACCACAAAGAUUAUCGAUGGCCGCACCCAUCUGUUGUCCGUCAUUGCGCUCAUGGAUCCUGACCUACCCCGGGAGCGUAUAUUGGGAGAGCUGCCAGAAGAACACGCACGAAUCGUGGCCGGCCACCUCCGAACCAUCCGUAAUCACGCCGAGACUCGUCUGCCUUCCUAUAUGAUACCAACAGCCUACUUGUUCGUUGAGAGGAUGCCUCAGACCUCGUCAAUGAAACUUGACCGCGCUCGUAUCAAGCAAUGGGUCAAGGACAGAAAGGAUCUCGGUGCUGCCGUGAAAGCAUCCGCGGACGCCCUGGCGAGCAGCGAAACCGCAAUAUCGCCUCCGGACACGCUUGACGGAGAGCUUAUCCAAUCCGUGUGGUCUUCUGUGUUGAGCAUACCAGGGGAACGCAUUGGUCGCGAGUCCUGCUUCGUCACUUUGGGCGGGGACUCGGUUCUGGCGAUGCACGCUGCCAGUCAAUGCCGGAAAAGGGGUCUCGAGGUGACAACAGUGUCUUUGUUGCGGAAUCUACCGCUCCGCUGCAUUGCUGAGAACGCGAGGGCCUCGCAAAGAAACCAUGUCGAUCCUAUACAAGGAAAGGAGGAUGAGGGGCCCUCCAACGUGCGUCUGCUGGACCGUGACGACCUGGACUUCAAGAUGGAUCUCAAACCUGACAACAUUGAGGCGGUUGUUCCAGCAACGGAUGGACAGGCCACAAUGCUCGCGGUCGGGGAGUUGGGAGGGCGCGGGUACUACGUCGACUUUGUUUUGAAGUUUGACACGGGUCUUGACGAGGACAGGCUCCAACGGGCUUGCGUGCAAGUGAUAGAGCAGCAUUCCAUAUUGCGGACAGUCUUUGCUCGGGUUGGUCGGAAGCUGUAUCAGAUUGUCUGUAACAGCAGCAGCAGCUGGGCAGCAAAAAUGGUGGCAGUUGUCACUGCGGAGGCAGAUGAUCAGAGCACAGGCAUAAAGCAGCUGUCCUUUCGCCAAGGCGAUCCUUUGGCUCGUUUCCACGUCGUUGCUGCGACUCAGGGGGGAUGCGAGGCGCUACGUUUAGAGAUUCACCACGCUCUGUACGACGCCGUGUCCAUGGGGCUCAUCAUGGGAGAUCUACACCGAGGAUACAUGGCGACCGAAACUACCCCCAAAGGUGGCUUGGAUUUCCACCGCUGGGUUUCACAUGUGCAAACCCUCAAAAAAACGCAGUCACACGCUUUCUGGACGUCGGCGCUGCGUGAAGCAUCCAUGUCUUCCCUAGUGCCCGUUCCCAAGGGCGCAACACGCAGCCAACAGCUUCUCGACCACAAGAAGGACAUUCGCGUGCCACUUGACGGCUUGAAGGCAAUUCCUCGGGCGACACCCUCCAGCGUCCUGAAAGCAGCCUGGGCCUUACUCCUUUCUCAGGCUCUCGACACAGACGACGUUGUCUUUGGUGAGGUCAGCGCCAACCGCUACCUACCACUCGCCGGUGUAGAAGAGGUCCGUGGUCCUUGCGUGAACCAGGUACCCAUAAGGACCCAGACCAACAAAAGCACCAUACUCGCCUCGUUUGUUGCUGCAAUCCACGAGCAGCACCUCGCUAGCUUGCCGCAUCAUCACGUCGGGACCCGGACCAUCAUCCAGGAAUGCAGCCCCUGGCCAUCGUGGACGCGCUUCAGCACAGCUCUCGUGUAUCAGAACCACCACUCUGUGGUGUUUGAUCAGACACAUAAAAUGUGCGGUGUGGAUUGUACGCUUACCGUGAAAGGACAGCUUGGCGAUGCGACGGAUCUCCAUGUUGUGGCGAUGCCUCAUGGUAACGACCUUGCCGUCACAUUACUCUACUCGCCGGCCACGUUCUCGGACGAGAGGAUCCGGUGGAUUAGCACGAAACUGGAGCAGAUCCUGCGUCUUUUGCCAUCCUGUCUGGAUCAAAGUGUUGGGCACUUUAGCGAGGCCUUAGGCGGUGCUUCCUACCCUUCUGUCGACGUGCCAUCUGCAGCGGCAGCGUCGAAUGGCACACGUCAGGAAGAAGUUGCUUCAUCUCAGGUGGAAAAUUUUGUGGCGCAAGCAUGGGAAGAGUUGGGUAUUUCGCCAGGAGGGCAGACAGAGCAUGAGGACGCGCAGUCACCGACAAUGUGGGAUCGUGGAGCGGACGUAGUCACGGCUCUGCUGUUGUCUGAGAAGUACCGUUCCCGUGGCUACGAUAUCAGCACCAAGGAUGUUGUCGAGAGUCCAACUCAAAUAGCUCAGACGAGGCUGCUGGCUGGGAGCGCGGGCCCUAAAGCUGGAUAG